GAAAAAAGCUUUUACGAGGUAUCAGCACUUUUCUUUCAUUAGGGAGAAGGAGUGAGGAAAGCACCAAACAGCAGCAGACUUUUAAACUUUAAAUACAAACAGGUCUGAGUGCCUGAACUUGCUUUUUCAUUUUACUUCAUCCUCUAAGGAGUUCAAUCACUUGGCGUGCCUACUUCACUUCUUUUAAGAGAAAGAACGGUGCCUGGGCAACAUGGGUGACUGGAGUGCCUUAGGCAAGCUCCUUGACAAGGUUCAAGCAUAUUCCACUGCUGGAGGGAAGGUGUGGCUCUCAGUCCUUUUCAUUUUCCGAAUCCUGCUACUGGGGACAGCCGUUGAGUCAGCCUGGGGUGAUGAGCAGUCUGCCUUUCGUUGUAACACGCAACAACCUGGUUGUGAAAACGUCUGCUAUGACAAGUCCUUCCCAAUCUCUCAUGUGCGCUUCUGGGUCCUGCAGAUCAUCUUUGUGUCUGUUCCCACACUCUUGUACCUGGCUCACGUGUUCUACGUGAUGCGGAAGGAAGAGAAACUGAACAAGAGAGAGGAGGAACUGAAAGUUGCCCAAACCGAUGGUGUGAAUGUGGAGAUGCACUUGAAGCAGAUCGAAAUAAAGAAGUUUAAGUAUGGUAUUGAAGAGCACGGCAAGGUGAAAAUGCGAGGGGGCUUGCUGCGAACCUACAUCAUCAGCAUCCUCUUCAAGUCUGUCUUUGAGGUGGCCUUCUUGCUAAUCCAGUGGUACAUCUAUGGAUUCAGCCUGAGUGCCGUUUAUACUUGUAAAAGAGAGCCAUGCCCACAUCAGGUGGACUGCUUCCUCUCUCGUCCCACAGAGAAAACCAUCUUCAUCAUCUUUAUGCUGGUAGUGUCCUUGGUGUCUCUUGCCUUGAACAUCAUCGAACUCUUCUAUGUCUUCUUCAAAGGUGUUAAGGAUCGUGUGAAGGGGAAGAGCGAUCCCUACCACACUACCACCGGCCCACUGAGCCCUUCCAAAGACUGUGGAUCUCCAAAAUACGCUUAUUUCAAUGGCUGCUCCUCACCAACUGCUCCCCUCUCGCCCAUGUCUCCUCCUGGGUACAAGCUGGUUACUGGAGACAGAAACAAUUCUUCGUGCCGCAAUUACAACAAACAAGCAAGUGAACAAAACUGGGCUAAUUAUAGUGCAGAACAAAAUCGAAUGGGGCAGGCAGGAAGCACCAUCUCUAACUCCCACGCACAGCCUUUUGACUUCCCUGAUGACAACCAGAAUUCUAAAAAACUAGCUGCUGGGCACGAACUACAACCACUAGCCAUUGUGGACCAGCGGCCUUCCAGCAGAGCCAGCAGUCGCGCCAGCAGCCGACCUCGGCCUGAUGACCUGGAGAUCUAGAUCCAACCUUGAGAGCAUCAAGAUUCCACUCAGUUGUGGAGAAGAAAAAGGUGCUGUAGAAAGUGCACCUUAGGUGUUCAUUUUGUUCCAGUGGAGGUGGUACUCAAUAGCCUUCGUCAUGAGGCUUAGAAAACACAAAGACAUUAGAAUACCUAGGUUCAUGGGGGGGUGUUUGGGAUAGACAGGUGGAGAGGGAGGGGAUAAGGGAGGUACAUAUUGGUAUUUAAUGUAGUUGAUUCAAAGAACUUAAGAGUUGCAUUAGAUGAUACGUAGAUAAGGGCUUUUUCUCUACCACCCCACCACCCCUAAGAAUAAUUCUGUGUAUGUGAAAGAGUGGGUGAUAUUUUUGGCUAAAUACUUCUUUUGUUUUACCAAGAAACUGAAAUAACUUUGGCCAGGAAAAAUACUUUCUAAACAUUUUAUUUCUUUUUAUCAAGAAAAAGAUGCAAAAUUGUACUUAUGUCCCUGCUAAAACAUUCCAUUGUUAAAAUUUGCACUUUGAAGGUAAGCUUUCUAGGCAUGACCCUCCAGGUGUCAAUGGACUUGAGCUACUAUAUUUUUAUCUUGAUAUCGGUAAAAGUUCAGACAGCCCACAGGAGAAGACUUCCCAUGCAUUUGCAAAUCUCAGCCAAGUUAUAUGUACAUUCUUUUUCACAUCCACUCGCAUCAUAUUACCAUCACUUUUUCAUCAUUCCACAACUACUAUUACAUUCAUUUAAUGAUUUCUGAAAACAUUUUUAAAAUAGUUGGGAUGUCACUUGACAUUUUUUGAGUCGAGUCAGGGAAGCAAGCCAUGCUCAAUAUUUAACAGUCACUUGUAUGUGUAUGUGUGGAAGUGUUUUAUUUGUCAUGUAUUGGUACAAGCAGAUACAGUAUAAACUCGCAAACACAGAUUU